AUGGCUCGUUUCAUCGAUCUAGAAAUCGACGACAACGGAGGCGAUACGCAGGAUCCCAGUAGUAGUGUUUGUUCCGCCGCGCCACCGCCAAACGCCGAUGUCGAGUUGGUGACAACGCCGACCGUAUGCAACGCCGUGACGCGUGCCUUUCAGUGCUAUCCCAUCGUCGUCGGCGUCGUCUCGCACAUUGAUCUCACCACCCUCGACUCGCUCGCGCGUGCAAGCCGCAUGAUACACCACGGCCUCGUACAGUACCGCGUUGCACUACUCGCGGCCACGCUGCGCUGCUCCAACGAGAAUCUGCCUCUUGACACCGCCGCCCGCGCAAACGCCGGCAUCGACUCCUAUACGGACACGUCCCGGCAAGCGGCUGGCGCAGCCAAGGCAAGCCGCUGCUGCGCGCGCGACAUGAACUGCGCAACCAAGCCCCCAGCGGCGAGCACCCUCCGCGAGCGUCAUCGACGUCUCUGCGCCGCCUGCGCUAAGGCGCCCCUCGAGCAGGUUGCGUGCCCGGGCCUCGACCCGGCGCGUCCGGGAAGCGCCGACGCCAUGCAGCGCUCGCUUUGCGACUGCGCCCAGGGCGGCGUCUGGCUGUGCCAGCCCUGUGGCCGCACCAUACGCAAUGCCGACCAUGACUAUCUUCGCAUCUGGCGCUGGCGCAACCACUACGGCGAGGUCCUCGGUUGUCUGGGCACCGGCAUCGGCGACGCAGACCGCGGCGUCGUCUGCGGCCGCGAGGAGCGCUGCCUUGCCGCCCGCGAAUGCGAGCAGGAAAUCGACUGCGACGCCGAAGACGCCCGCAGCAGCCGCGCCCCAUCGACCUCGUCAUCAUCCGACCACCACCAGAACAACAACCCGGCCACGCCCCCCGGUGCUCACAACCACGACUCCUACUUUCCCGCCUCCUGGUCCUCCGAGUCCCGCGCCAACGAGCGCAUUCCGUCCUCGCCGCUACUCCUCGGCCCCGGCUAUGAGCGCCACGAGAUUGAGGGCAUCGGCGGCAUCGUCAAGCGCAAGCUCGUGCGCAUGGUCCGCGUCGGCAAGUGUGUUCCCGAGUGGGAAGAAGAGCGCACAUCGGCCCGCGUCCUCGGCAGGGAGGCCCGCGGCGAGGCCCGCAGCUGGUGCGGGUGGUGCUGGCGCGUCGUGCCCGGCCGUGACGACCCACGGCCUGCGGACAAGUUGUCUGCGGUGCCGUCGCGGCCUCUGGCCCAGACGGCGGCGGAGGCCGCGGCGCAGCAGAGUCGUCCUCCGCCGACACCAGCAACACAUUUUCGGCAUUGCUUUUCCACGAUUUGGGUAAUGAGUCUGCACAUCGCAGUCGACCGACCAUCAUUUGAGAUGAUUGACGCACUAACAGCGACUCGAGAUUACACUUUCAUCCUCACGUAG